UUCUCGCAACCACCACGCCGUUGAUCCUUCUGCCAAUUCCCCUCAGCAUCGGAACCGAUGCCUCCUGGGUUGCUUUCGUUACCCUCUGGAUGGGCAUCUUCUACGUCGUGGAGCCAGUACCCCUCUCAGUGACCUCCUUACUACCCAUAGUAGUACUACCAUUCCUCGGACUGCUCUCCACAGAAGAAGUGGCUUCAUUUUAUCUCAAUAACACCGGUCUGCUGUUCAUGGCAUCGCUGAUGAUCGCGACGGCCAUUGAGUCGAGUGAUCUUCACGAGCGGCUUGCCUUCAAGUGCCUCCUGACCGUCGGCACCAGCGAGGGGAGGGUGCUGCUCGGUCUGAUGUCCAUCACCGUGUUCAUGUCCAUGUGGAUGCCCAACACCGCCGUGGCCACCAUAAUGGGGCCUAUGGUGAUCGCACUGUCUGCCAAGAUGGUGAUGCCUUCUUACCAUCAGGUGCCAACCCAUGACUAUGUGAAGCAGAAUGGAGAUGCUGGAGGAGACCAUUUCGAAGUUUCUAUUGCUGGCGAUGCCAGUGGUGCUUUGAUAAAGAAGAACCGUGACUUGCUGAAGAGGAUUAUGCUGCUGUCAGUGGCUUACUCGUCUAACAUUGGAGGAACAGGGUCUAUAAUCGGAUCUUCAACAAAUAUUCUCUUCAAGGGAAUUCUAGACGAGCUUUUCCCUCAUUCUACAGAACUAACAUCAGCCACUUGGAUGUUGUACAACGUUCCGCCGAUGAUUCUUUGUACCGCCAUUGGCUGGAUAUACCUGCAGCUGGUGAUGAGGUAUUGCAGGAAAAGUGAAAGUUCCAUCGAGGCAGAGCGAGACAUCCGGAGGGACAUUCAGCAGCAGUAUGAGCGGCUGGGUGCCUUUAGCUUCGCAGAGUACACCGUCCUGGCGCUCCUCGGCACUCUGAUCUUGGUGCUCUUCUUCUACAAGCCGCAGUUUAUGACCGGCUGGGGUGACCUGUUUCAAUACGGCACAAAAAUCAAGUCUUCCAGCCCGGCACUCGCCAUCUGCUUUCUACUUUUUGUACUGCCCAAGAACCCUCGCAACAUGCACUGCAGCGAGCCAUUGGUGUCUUUCAAGGAGUUUUCCAUGAAGAUGCCGUGGGGCAUCGUCAUCCUCUUCGGUGGAUGCCUCUCAAUAGCUGAAGCAUCGAAGAUAAAAAACAACAACAAUGGAUUCUAUUAUUUUGUCGUUCCUUUAGUUCUACCCAAAGUGUUGAAAGAAGACAGUUUCAACUAUGACACUACAAAGUCACUGAGGUGUCGCGGUAACAGCGUCUUCCUAACAGGUCGGGGUGUGCGCCGUACCGAUGGUUCUUGUGAGCUGUCCUUCCAAGCGUCCGCCGUCCUCGGCGAUUGA